UCAUGUGACUCUCCCAGCUCCUGGCGGGUGACUGAAAGGCAGAGCGGCUGCGGCGUCUCCCGUACUCUGUCUCUCCCAGAGGGCUCCUGCUCCGCGAUGGCCGGGCCGGGGCAAGUGGGCGCCCUGCCGCCGCUGCUGCUGCUGCUUCCGCUGCUGGCUGUCCGGACGCUGGCCACGCAGUCGGAGGCCUACGUCUGGCCGUGGCCGCAGAAGAUCUCCGUGUCCCCCAACGUGACUUUCGCCUUGAACCCCAGUCUCUUCCGCUUCCAGUACUCCGACUCCUCGGCAGUGCAGUUGGGCUGCUCCGUGCUCGACCAAGCCUUUAUCCGCUACCUCGGCAUCAUCUUCGGGCCCGGGCCCUGGCUCUCCCGCCACCAACCAGGACUGAAGCAAACGAUGAAGAAUUCUUUGGAAGUCUUUGUGAAUGUCCCUGGAUGUGACCAGUUUCCAGAAAUGAAUUCUGUGGAGAAUUACACCUUGACCCUCAGUGAUCAACAGUUCAUCCUGAAAGCUCAUACUGUCUGGGGAGCUCUCAGAGGCCUAGAGACUUUUAGCCAGCUCAUUUGGAGAUCCGCAGAGGGCAUGUUCUAUGUCAAGCAGACUGAAAUUGUAGACUUUCCUCGAUUCCCUCACCGAGGCUUACUGCUGGACACGUCUCGUCAUUACCUCCCACUGCAGAGCAUCCUGGAGACACUGGAUGUCAUGGCAUAUAACAAAUUCAACGUCUUCCACUGGCACAUAGUUGAUGACCCUUCUUUUCCAUAUGAGAGUAUGACUUUCCCUGAGCUUAGUAGAAAGGGAUCCUACAACUCUGCCACUCACAUCUAUACAAUUGGGGAUGUAAAGAGGGUCAUUGAAUAUGCCCGAAUGCGAGGCAUCAGAGUCAUAUCAGAAUUUGACACACCUGGGCACACUUUGUCUUGGGGAAAAGGUAUUCCUGGGCUGCUGACUCCUUGCUACUCAGGCAGCACUCCUUCUGGCACUUUUGGUCCAGUAAAUCCCAUCCUCAACAGCACCUAUGAGUUCAUGGCUUCAUUCUUCCAGGAGAUCAGCUCAGUUUUCCCAGACUUUUACCUUCACCUUGGAGGGGAUGAGGUUGAUUUCACAUGUUGGCGAUCUAAUCCAGAUAUUAUGGCCUUCAUGAAGGAAAGAGGUUUUGACCGCUUUGAGAAAUUGGAAUCUUUCUACAUUCAAAAGCUACUGAACAUUGUGUCUUCCUAUAGAAAGGGCUACAUGGUGUGGCAGGAGGUGUUUGACAAUAAUGUGAAGCUGAACCCAGACACUGUGGUGCAUGUCUGGAAAGAAACGAACCCUUUCCCAUACACCUUGGAGAUGCAGAAUGUCACCAAGGCAGGGUUCCGUGCCUUGUUGUCUGCGCCCUGGUAUCUGAACCGUAUCUCCUACGGGCAGGACUGGCAGGAAAUCUACAUGGUGGAUCCCCUGGACUUUGAAGGCAGCCCUGAGCAGAAGUCUCUGGUGAUUGGGGGCGAAGCCUGCAUGUGGGGCGAAUACGUGGACGAGACAAAUCUGACCCCCAGACUCUGGCCCAGGGGAGGAGCUGUGGCAGAGAGGCUUUGGAGCAGCCAGUCCACGAGGGACUUGGAUUUGGCGUAUGACCGACUGGUCCACUUCCGGUGUGAGCUGCUCAGACGAGGUAUCCAAGCCCAGCCUCUCUUUGUAGGCUAUUGUGAGCAUGAAUAUUUCCAUAGAAUGGAGCAAAAUCAUCCUUGAACUCAUCCUGCAUGUGUUGAUCACUCAGGAAACUUGGGUCAUGUCAGGCUGGCUCUCUAGCUUAACCCAAGUGGUGAGCAAACCUCCAUGUGCAUCCCUGGGGACCCCCUGGUGGGGAGGGGGCUGGAGAUUGUGCUGUGAUUCAAGUCCAAUAAAGAAUUUUGUGACAAA